GCCCGGCGGCCGCGCUCUGAUUCUAAGAUGGCGGCGCGCGGAGGCGGCGGUGGCGACGGCGCGGAGCAGGGCCCGGCGCUGCUCAGCGGGGACGUGGAGCUCGAGGCCGGAGCCGCGGCCAUUCCGGAGGAGAAUCCUCCAGACGUGCCGCGCAGCAGCCCCAAGGCACCGCCGAAGCCUGUCGUGAGAGUCUUCCUGCCCAACAAGCAGAGGACAGUGGUGCGUGCGACGGGCGGAGUUACAGUCCGAGACAGUCUGAAGAAAGCGCUGACCAUGAGAGGGCUCCUCCCAGAGUGCUGUGCGGCCUACCGAAUCCAGGGUGGAGAGAAGACACCGAUCGGCUGGGACACUGACAUUUCCUGGUUUACUGGGGAGGAACUGCAUGUGGAAUUGUUGGAAAAUGUUCCACUUACAACACACACUUUUGUACGGAAAACUUUUUUCGCCUUAGCAUUUUGUGACUUUUGUCGAAAGCUACUGUUCCAGGGUUUCCGCUGUCAGACAUGUGGUUAUAAGUUUCACCAGCGCUGUAGUACAGAGGUUCCUGUGAUGUGUAUUAAUUAUGACCAACUUGAUUUGCUGUUUGUCUCCAAGUUCCUUGAACACCAGCCAUUACCGCAGGAGAAGACCUCCUUAGCAGAGACCCUUCCAUCUGAAUCAUCCCCCAAAGAGUCCACUGGGAAAUAGAGAAAAAAGCAGGAAAACUUAAAGGAGAAGAUGAGAUCUGAGUGAACAUAGGAAAUGAAAGCGUGGCAAUUGGAAAUGGAAAAGUGGCGUAAAUAAAGAGCUAGUGGAGACAGGCUUGUCGGAAUUGAGAGGUGCAUGUAUAAAGCCCAGUUGCAGAGUAUUAGAGUUUGCUUGGCACAAGAAGGGAGAAAAAAUUAAAGGCUUUCAAGCAGAUUACUAUGAAAAUGCUUUUAAGGAAAUAUACAUAGUUAUUUAGUAAUAACUAUGUAAUCACACCGCUACAUAGUGGUGGACUAAAAAGACCAAUGGACAAAAGUCCCAGUGAGGAAAGGCAACUAGGUUGUGAAAACUGGCAGGCAGUGAGAUCCCGAUCUGGAGCAGUGGCAGUGCAGAGAAGGACAAGUGUUCAUAAAGUGCUGAAAAAUCAAUAGUGUUGUCAGUUGUAGAGGGUGAAGCAGUGGCUUUACAGGCAAUGCAAAGGCGUCACGUAUUUCAGCUUCAAGGUAGGAAGAAAAGGGAUCCACAGUAAUGAUGAGUUAAGUGGUAUUAGUUUUAUCUGGAGCAUUGCUUACACAGAUGUUAUGUCUGUAAUUUCAGAAAUACUUAGUUCAGAAAUUCUGUCAGUUUUCACUCUUCCUUCUCUUCCUCACAAUGUAAUCUUACUUCUUUAGGAUUCUACCUAGAGAGAUCAAUUGACACUUCUCAUAGAUCUGUAAUUUUUGUGAAACCAAUCUUCCUGAAGAUCUCACAGCUUAGAAAAGUUAACCGAAGGUUUUUAUAUUAAAGAGUGGUUAAAAAACAAAAAUUAAGAAAAAUGGGCAUGAUGAUGCAGGACUGUAAUCCCAGAAC